AACAAACCAACACAAUAAACAUAACCUAAAAGUAAAACUUCAAGUGUUUUGAGAACCUAAAGGAAAUAAAUUUAGUAAAUUGAAAAUAAUUUUCGCUAAAUUAAUGUAAAGCUAUUUUCCAAAUAUGGUGCGCUUUAAAAAUAGAUACAUCACAGUAGAGAUAUCUAGUCUCAUGGUGCCAGAGAACGAACCUUUGAGUUUAAAAUCCAGGAUAUUCCAUGAAACUGUGCUGAGCAAAAUUCAACAAUUACACGGAGAUUUUGGUGUUGCUGCUAUAAGAAUUGGAUUCCUGACAAAAUAUUGUAAUGAGAAUACAAGGAUAGCCAUAUUACGCUCCAGACAUGGUCCUCAUAUAUUUGUUACCAGUAGCAUACCAUUUAUAACUAAAAUAGGAAACCUAGAUGUGACUUUGAGGACACUACAUGUAGGAGCAACAUUGAAACAUUGUUUCAAGUUUAUUCAAAGGCACCAGAGAGCAUACUUAGAUACAAAGUGGAUGUCUUUAAAAUCAGACGAGGAAAGGAAACAACUGGAAGCAGCUGUAAUGGAUUUUACAAAAACCGAUGUAGCAGUGAAUAUAGACCAUUUAACAUAAAAA